AUGGGUGACAGCCAGUACUCCUUCUCCCUCACCACCUUCAGCCCGUCGGGAAAGCUUGUGCAGAUCGAGCACGCGCUCACGGCUGUCGGAUCCGGGCAGACCUCGCUCGGGAUCAAAGCUGCCAAUGGUGUAGUCAUCGCCACUGAGAAGAAAUUGCCUUCUAUUUUAGUGGAUGAAACAUCUGUGCAAAAGAUUCAGGCACUAACACCAAAUAUUGGAGUUGUCUACAGUGGGAUGGGUCCAGAUUUUCGUGUUCUGGUGAGAAAAAGUCGAAAGCAGGCACAGCAGUAUUAUCGGUUGUACAAGGAGCACAUACCUGUAACACAGCUUGUACGAGAGACUGCUGCUGUCAUGCAGGAGUUCACACAGUCAGGUGGUGUAAGACCAUUUGGAGUAUCGUUGUUGAUUGCCGGGUAUGAUGACAAUGGCCCGCAGUUGUAUCAGGUUGAUCCCUCAGGAUCAUACUUCUCCUGGAAAGCAUCAGCCAUGGGAAAAAAUGUGUCCAAUGCAAAGACGUUUCUUGAAAAGAGAUACACAGAAGAUAUGGAGCUUGAUGAUGCCAUCCACACUGCAAUUUUGACUCUGAAAGAAGGAUAUGAGGGGCAAAUUUCCUCCAACAAUAUUGAAAUCGGAAUUCUUCGAGCUGACCGUGAGUUCAAAGUUCUAAGCCCAGCAGAGAUCAAGGAUUUCUUGGAAGAGGUGGAGUAA